AUGGAGUACUUCUCUUCCAGUAUGAUUUUCAUCAUGGCCUUUUCCACAGCACUAGAGCUGGGAUUAGUUGCUGGUUUGGGCUACCGUGAAACUGCACCAGGAGAUGACAUUCGGUCCCGGGAGGAGCCUGUAAUUCGUGAUCAACCUUUGCAGUUUGUGCCGUUCGUGGGCAUCCAGGACAGUAAACAGCUAAACAAGACCUGCUGUCUGAAUGGGGGAACCUGCAUGCUUGGGUCCUUCUGUGCCUGCCCUCCUUACUUCUACGGACGGAACUGCGAGCAUGAUGUUCGCAAAGAGAACUGUGGACCUGUGCCCCAUGACACCUGGCUGUCCAAGAAAUGUUCCUUGUGUAAAUGCUGGAAUGGUUGGCUGCGCUGCUUUCCUCAGACAUUUCUGCCUGGUUGUGAUGGCCAUGCGAUGGAUGAACACCUACCAGCUUCCAGGACUCCAGAAUUAAGGCCAUCUGAAAGGCUGAAGAGGAGGCCACCCAACACAGCAGCUGAGUGUGGCACCCCCACCCCUGCUGCAGGGGGCGCAGAGGGUGCAGCAGCUGAGCCCUUUCCUGGAGGUCACCUGGAGAUCCUCUGA